CAGCUUUUGGCAGAAGAAGCUAUUUAGUGCUCUACAACACAUUGACGCAGCUUUCACUCACAAUAUGUCUUCCAAAAGAAAAUCCACCUCCUUAGGCUUGGAGAGGCGCGUACGGGCCCGAAGAGAAGAAGAAUGGGAGCCAGAAUUGAGUGCCAGCGAUGAAGAUUCAGGAGAAGAGGUGUCAGAAGAGGGAGGUGACAACAGCGACAAAGAUGGAGACUCAGAUGAGCAAGACUCUGGCUCAGAGCCUGAAGAACCUGAAGAGGAAGAAUCAAAAGUGGAUUUCUCAUCCAUAUCUUUUGGCGCAUUGUCGCGUGCGGCAGCCAGCCUACCUUCAAAGAAAAAGAAAAAUAAGGGCGAUGCCGAGCCAGACGACGCCCCAUCCAACAUUAAAACAAAGGAGCCGUUAAGACGAGAACAAAAGAAACCUUCAAGUCGAGUGGAAGCAGCGAAACGAAGCUCCAAACAUGCGCCGCAGGAAAUGAGCUCCAAGAAGCCCGUCAGCAGGCGCCGCGAAAUUCUCACCGAUCCGCGCCGCAAGGCCCGCGAUCCACGGUUCGAGGCCCUGACAGGUAGACUAGACGAAGCAAAGGUUGCCAAGAACUACGCUUUCUUGGAAGAGUACCGCGAGAGCGAGAUGGCAGACCUGCGGGCGCAGAUCAAGAAGACCAAGGACGUCACUGCAAAGGAAGACCUGAAGCGGCAGCUGCUGUCUAUGGAGUCCAAGAAGAAGGCUCGCCAGAAGAAGGAGGAUGAGGCCAAGCUGCUUCAGGAGCACCGAAAGAAGGAAAAGGAGCUUGUUGCGCAGGGCAAGCAGCCUUUCUAUCUGCGCAAGAGCGAGCAGAAGAAACAACUGCUGAUGAACAGAUAUGCCGACAUGAAUAAAUCUCAAGUCGAUAAGGCUAUUGAGCGAAAGAGAAAGAAGGUGGCGUCAAAGGAGAAGAAGGAACUUAUUUCGCUAGAGAGGAGGUCGAGACGUCAUUAGAGUUGGAGGGCUGUCCCCCUCUCACCCCAAAUACACCCUGUAACGAAGUUAUGAUGAGAGUACAGAGUAGAAUGUUAAUCCCUGUCGCUGUUUGCAGUUCCGCAGGCGUGAGAUGACGCAGGCGAUACACCC